AUGUCGGAUGCUCGGGAUAACAUGGCCACUUGUCAGGACCUCGCCGCAUAUGCCGCCGAGGUCGUACUGACUAUCCAUGAUGCAAUGAAGGGUGUCGAUUCUGUGAGUCCUGAGACGCUCAAACAUGUUGUAGACUUCGAGGGAUCGCUGAGAGGUAUCAAAACCGACCUCGAAUUUCUAGGCAAGAAAUCGUUAUGGUAUCAGAUGCUAUGUCAGGUUCGAAUAGCUGGUCGCAUCAAGCUUCACCGGCAGAAUUUAGAGAGAGCGCUGAGCUUGUUUGGGGUCAAAAUGACCAUGGCCGUGGAGACAAAGGUCUCGGCCUCCUUAGGCAUUUUGAAGCGCAUCGAAGUUGACGUUACAAGGAUUGGGGACGCUGUCGCCCCAGCUAUAGCAGGCAAGACCAUCGACAGUGAGCUGAUCGUUCAGCCGACCGAGAUAGAAUUACGACAAGAACUCGCCGCCAGGUCAGGUUAUCGCAUUCACUCGGCUGAACACAAGGGGAAGAGAGUGAUGGUCAUGGUUUUCGAAGGAAGUCAGGCCAAGAAGGAUCGAGAUAGAGCUCUCUCUUGCAGGACAAGGAUAUUCCAUCCUAAUCUGCCCCAAAUUAUCGGUGUAUCGCCUGAUUCCGUCAGCUAUUCUCCGUAUAUCAUGUUACGAGGAGAUUACGAUAGGAAGGCCCAGUAUGUAAUUGGUUCUGCACUCAUGACCAUGGAUACCAGCAAAUCCUUAAAAUUGAUCUCAGAACUGCUUGCGAGUGUAGCGGCAGGUUUAGAUUACCUUCGUAGCCAGGAUGUGACAUCCGAACGUAGUUCUUCCUUACACCGUAUAGAUGAAUAUGAUCUGGACGUUUUCAGCAACGCAGAGGGCCGUAUAUACAUCUCCAUCAACCCUGCCUAUUUUGAAUAUGGAGUAGAUCCUCUGCUGAACGAAUUUCCGAACGAGUUAUCAGCAGAGGAGCGAACGCUGAAUGCACCGAUAUGGAAUCGAUUCAAUGCCCUGACUAGGCUGCUUCUGUAUCGAGCAAAUGGGAUCUCAUACGACAAGUACGGUGACCAGGACGGACAUUUCGUUAUCUUCGACUACCGCCUGCCCCGGGCGAUUCGCUCUAGCCAGGCCCUUCCUCUACUAGAUGUGGCGCCUGAGGUCGCAUUACGAAUGCGUUUCAAGGGCGGAAACAACAUGUUUGGUAAACCGCGCUCGCUGAGCGAAAUCUCAGACGGUUAUCGCGCAAAGGUCGACUUGAUAUCUCAUUCGGAAAAGCUCGCCAUUCUGGAGGUAGCUCAUGGCAGGCUGAAGGAGCAGUCACGUAACACCGUCAUGUCGCUGGAACCACAAUAUCUCGCUAUCGCCUCUCAAUGGAGGCCCGAACCAGAUCUCAGAUGUGGGUGUUGGUAUGAGGAGGAUCAGCCAGAAACGUACACACCAAUUUCAGAAGAGUCGAGAAUAUGGACCUUCGCUGGCUCUAGUCCUUCGAGUUAA